GGCCGUUUUGAGCGGUUUUUCAUAAACAAAACAAACAUUUGCAUUUCUGGUGAAAUUCUCAAGAAAAAUGAGCCAUUCUUCGCGUUCAACGGUGCUAAUUUCAUCCUUGCAAUCCCUAAGUCACGAUGAACUUCAAGAGGAGUACAGGAAAUUGGAGAAAACCUGCCAGGAGCUGCAAAAGCAAAUGGAAAAUGGGAAGCAACAAAUUUAUGAGCUGCAAAGGAACUUGAGUACAUCCACCGCCACACAGAACUACCUCUCAGCUGAAGUGGAGAGCCUCCAGAGUUCAAGGGAUGCUGAAAUUGAGGAAGUUCGUAAGAAAUUUCUCGUGGAAAUUGAGAAGCUAAAGGAAGACAAUGGGAGGCUCUGUGGGGAUCGAAGUAACCUCGAGAGGCAACUGGAGGAGAUGGCCAAGUGCAUGGAGGAGCAACAGAGGUCUUUUGAACUGAAAUUGGCUGAGAAGGAUUCAGAGAAGUGCCUCAAUGUCUCGAAGAAUGAUACCCUUGGUCUUGAUUUUGAGGCUAAAAUUACAGAAUUAUCUGAAAAAAUUCAAAAAUUGGAGAGAGAUGCGCUGGAAUUGGCAAAUUCUCGUCGAGAUUUGGUGCAGGAACGUGAUGAGCUUCGGGAAAAGGUGGAAAUUCUCGAAAGUCGUUCCCAGGGGCAUGUGGAGGAGAUUGAGGAGAAAUCCCAAUUAAUUGAGGAACUCCAGGCAAAACUCUUUGAAGUCAACACGGAAAUGAUGGCCCUCAAGAAUGAUCCCAAUGCCAUGAAUCGCAAAGGAAAUUCCCUAUUUGCCGAGGUGGAUGAUCAGCGGCAGAAAAUGAAGGCAAUCCUCAGUGCACAGUCGAAGAAGUACAAUGAGAUGAAGGCAGCCUAUCUGGAGGGUCAGGUGGAGAUUAAGCGCCUCAAGAAGGAGAAUUCCGACAUUGCCGAAGAGUUCAAUUACAUAAAGAAAAUGUUUGUCAAUGCGGACGUUGCAUUCAAGAAGGAACUUCUCGAACAAAUUGGGCAGCAAAAGAAGGAGAUUAUGAGCGUCCGGGAGAAACUUAUGUGGACGGAAGAGAAGCUAAAUGAAACAGCUAAGACUCACGGAGUUACCUGGACUAAUGAGAUGAUGAAGUAUUGCAACACUCAAGUGGCCAAAUUGGAGAUAAAUCUCAAGACGGUGCUCCACCAGAAAAUCCAGCUGGGCGAGGAGAAUCACCGAAAGCAGCAAGAUCUUGCCAAAUGGCGCUAUAAGUGCCUCAAAUAUCGAUGUGCUCUCAUGAACAGGGAACUCCUGCUUGAGGAAUGUGGAGUCAAAUUUCCAGACAUCCACGAGAUCCCCGUCAAUCCCAAUAUUCAGGUGGACAUAAACAACUUUGACGACACCUUUGAGCAUCAGCGGGAACCACCAGAAAUGUUGGCAAAGAAACCUCCCGCAUUCCCCAUCCACGACGACGAUUCUCUGCCGCAAAUCCCCGAAGAGUCCAAAGAAAACAUCCCGUCGACGACAGCGAACAAAAUCACCUACCGGGACAUAAACUUCCCACCGCCGAAGAUGAUUGAAAAGCCCAAAAAUAGUCCUGUAGCUGUAUAUUUAGUUUCUAAUGCAGAGACAACAUCCACAGACAAUCUCCCCGGUGGCGAGAGGAAGUCCCCAGCAAAGCUUCCUGCAGCACCAAAGCGCCGCGAUGCCCCAAAGAGUACCCAUUUCACCAUCAAGAAGAUUGUCUUUAGGAAAUGAGGAAAAAGAAAAAAAGUCUCGCGGAGAUACAAUCCCUCCCUCACUUUAUUCUUUUUUUUUGCCUCUCACGUCGGUGUGUGUCCACUAAUUUAUUAGUACGGUCCACUAUACUUUCUCAAAAUUAAUUAAUUAUGUUUUUUUUACCAUGAUGUAACUCCUUAAAUACGACUCCUUCUCAUUC